ACUAAUCCAGUUGGAAAUUAUUACAAGAAACUUGUGCAUUGUCCUUUACGCCAUUCUCUCUCUAUCUCUCUGUCUCCUUGUUCUUCUUCAUCCAUGGCUUUCCUUCAAGACCAGUUUCAACGCCACUACCAAACCCAACAACAACAACCACCACCGCCACAAACCAAAUCUUUCAGAAAUUUACGAACAAUUGAUGGUCAGAUGUCGCAGCAGAUGACUUUUUAUAACCCUGCUGAUUUGCAAGAUCAGUCUCAGCAUCCACCUUACAUUCCUCCAUUUCAUGUUGUUGGAUUUGCUCCGGGUCCUGUGGUUCCUGCUGAUGGAAGUGAUGGCGGUGUUGAUUUGCAUUGGAAUUUUGGUUUGGAACCAGAGCGGAAGAGACUAAAAGAACAGGAUUUUUUGGAGAACAAUUCUCAGAUAUCUUCUGUGGAUUUCCUGCAGCCACGAUCUGUGUCCACAGGACUGGGCUUGUCGCUUGAUAAUACUCGCCUGGCUUCAACCGGAGACUCGGCUUUAUUGUCACUUAUAGGGGAUGAUAUUGGUCGUCAGUUACAACAGGAAGAUUUGGAGAUGGAUAGAUUUCUCAAAGUGCAGGGUGAACAGUUGCGGCAAGCAAUUUUAGAGAAAGUUCAGGCAACACAACUUCAGAGUAUUUCAAUCAUUGAAGAAAAAGUCCUCCAGAAACUUCGUGAGAAAGAAACGGAGGUGGAGAACAUCAACAAGAGGAAUAUGGAACUUGAAGAUCAAAUGGAGCAAUUGAGCGUAGAAGCGGUCGCAUGGCAACAGCGAGCCAGAUACAAUGAAAACAUGAUUGCUGCUCUCAAGUUUAACCUUCAGCAAGCAUAUGUCCAAAGUAGAGAUAGUAAAGAAGGAUGCGGCGACAGCGAGGUCGAUGAUACAGCUUCUUGCUGCAAUGGCCGCUCGCUUGAUUUUCAUCUUCUCUCGAAGGAAAAUUCCAAUACAAAAGACAUGAUGAUAUGUAAGGCCUGCAGAGUCAACGAAGUGACGAUGGUUUUAUUACCUUGUAAGCAUCUUUGCCUCUGUAAAGAUUGUGAAAGUAAGCUUAGUUUCUGUCCUCUAUGUCAAUCCUCUAAAUUCAUCGGCAUGGAGGUCUACAUGUAAAAUUGAUAUUUUAUUAAAACACGUUAAAAUCACUAAUUUUAUCUUGAAUGUUAUGUUAUGUGUGUCUUCAAUUGUUGCUGACUUGUUCAACAGUUGUAACACCAAGUACCAUGACGCCUUGUAACUAGUUUUUAAGAUGUAUUGUACUGUAAUGAAUAUCACUUAUUAAGUGUAGUAACUUUUAGAAGAAUCUCUAAUAAAAUGAUACAUACAUGCAUGC